GAGUAUGAGCAUGAAACGAUUGGUACCUCGCUCUUUUUUGCUCUUAUGGAAUAAGUGUACUGCUAUCCUGUAGUAAUGAUAAAUUUACCUGUUUCUUCUUGAACCUUAUUUGAACCAAAAGCUGUCAAUUCGGGAUUGCAUCGCGCAAUACAACGCAAUUUCUGUUUGUGUUCAGCCGUAAGUAACUGAAUAAUUUGUUCAUUUAUUGUUCUAUACCUGUAUACGACUAAGUGAAAUUAUAUCCGUUCUCAAUGCCCUACAUUCUGAUUAGAGGUAAUUUAGCAUCAUAUGGGCAUAAAAACCCGUGGCGUGUUUUGGUAUCCGGCUUGAAAGCUGGCGACAUAGAACAACUCAAGAGAUUCGCAUGUGGGGGCUACUGCGACGAUUCAACUAUUGUUUAUUUACAACAUCCUUGUGUUAUUUUGAGUGCUCUGGAGGUAUUGGGUUACAAGGUUGUAGCGUCUAGCUCCACAGCAGUCAAACAAGAUUAUAAUGAGUAUAUGUGGACUAUGAGGAAAGAGUUUUCAGAACCAGAACCAUCAAUCAUUGUGGAACAAGAUAAUAUUAACAAUUUCAGCAAAGAGGCUAUGCACUUGGGGAAUUACCAACAUCAAACAAAAGACGACGAAGUGUAAGCUGCUAUCUUAUUGAUAUUU